AUGACUCCGUUUGAAGCUCUCUACGGGAGGAAGUGUCGAACGCCACUAUGUUGGUUCCAGGAAGGAGAGAAGGUGAAGUUGAUCCAAGAGAGGUUGAAGACGUCAAGGAGCCGACAAAAGUCGUAUGCAGACAAGAGGAGAAGGCCCUUGGAAUUCACUGCAGGAGAGCACGUCUUCCUUAGACUAAAUCCAACCACUGGAGUGGGCAGAGCCGUUCAUCCCAAGAAGUUGUCUCCCAAGUUCGUUGGGCCUUAUCAAAUUCUAAGAAGAAUUGGACCAGUGGCGUAUGAGUUAUCCUUACCUCCUCAACUGUCCAAUCUUCAUCCAGUCUUCCACGUUUCUCAACUCCGGAAGUAUAUAGCCGACCCUUCUCAUAUAGUGGAGUUAGAGAACGUCCAUCUUCGUCAAGACCGAACGCUGGAGAUGCAACCUGUUCGUGUUGAAGACAGUCGCACGAAGUACUACAAGAGGAAAGCCAUCCGACUAGUAAAAGUGGUCUGGGAUGAGAAGACUGGCGACUCUACAUGGGAAGUGGAGGAUACUUUGAGGGACUUGUAUCCCUACCUAUUUUUGGGUAAGAUUUAA